UUCCACCCCUCCUCCUUCCUCCUUCUGGGGGUACCAGGGUUGGAAGCUGCACACAACUGGCUGGGCUUUCCCUUCUGCGCCGUGUACCUAAUCACUCUCAUGGGAAACUGCACGAUCUUGUUUGUGAUCGAGACUGAGCAGAGCCUCCACCAGCCCAUGUUCUACUUCCUGGCCAUGCUGGCUACCGUCGAUCUGGGCUUGUCCUCGGCCACCAUCCCCAAGAUGCUGGGCAUCUUCUGGCUCCACCUGCAGGAGAUCAGCUUUGGGGGCUGCCUCACCCAGAUGUUCUUCAUCCACAUGUUCACCAUCAUGGAGUGCACGGUGCUCAUGGCCAUGGGCUAUGACCGCUACGUGGCCAUCUGCAAGCCUCUCCACUACUGCACCAUCCUCACCAAUAAAUCCAUUAGGGUAUUUCUAGGGUUAGCUGUCCUGAGGAAUUUCUGUCUGAUAAUUCCAAUGGUAUUUUUUCUCUUGAGGUUGCCCUACUGUGGGCACCGAAUCAUUCCCCAUACGUAUUGUGAGCACAUAGGCAUUGCCCGGUUGGCUUGUGCAAGUAUAAAACUCGACAUCAUUUAUGGUUUAGGUGUCAUCUGCCUUAUUCUUUUGGAUGUACUGCUGAUUGCCAUCCCCUACAUCAGGAUUCUCUACACUGUCUUCAGACUGCCCUCCCAGGACGCACGACUCAAAACCAUAAACACUUGCAUCUCCCACAUCUGUGUCAUCCUUGCCUUCUUCAUCCCAGUCCUCUUCUCCAACCUCAUCCACCGCUUUGGACAGAGCAAAAUCCCCAGCUACAUCCACAUCCUCUUGGCCAACCUGUACAUGGUUGUUCUACCUGGCCUCAACCCCAUCGUCUAUGGGGUGAGGACCAAGCAGAUCCGUGAACGUGUAUCCAACAUUUUCACAAAGAAGCAAUCAUUUUGA